AAUUCGGAAAAAAUGUUCGCAAUUACGAUUAAAUAAAAUCGGUGAAGUUCAAUUAGAAAAUUGUUUUCGGUUUGGAAUAAGUUAAUAUACAGUCAUGCAGCAUUAAAAUAUAAUGGAAGUGUCACGCUCUUCAUUCCUGUUAAAAAUCUAUUUCGUGUUUAAAUCGUUGUCAUGAAAAAGUUCGUUACGAAGUGAACGAUCGGAAAUCAUUGGCAGAUCCCACCGUCAGCGAUCCGUAUGAGUCAGAGAGCGGGAUUUGAAGAGGUUAGUCAAAGAGGAGAGAAAACUUGAAUUGCACAAAUGUCUUCUCAUUGAAAGAAUUUUCGUACGUUUAGUUAAUAUGUCACAUAACACUCCAAAGUCUGUGAGACAUGGAUUUUGCAGUGCCAUUUUUUCGAGUUCGCCUAUCAAUUUCGAUAAGGAAAAUACUAAUUAUUUAAAUAAGCAAGAAGAGACGUGUUCUGACACGCUUGUCACACCUCGGAAAAGAGUGGAAAGUCAAGACGGAUGUCCGAAACGUGAGAAACGUAAAAUAUUAAUCGAGAGUGAUACAGUUGAAAAUUCAAAGUCAACUGAUCCACCAUUUGGUACAAAUAUAACUCGAUUGAAAUCUGCAAGUGUAUGCCCAAGGAAACAAGCUCUCUUCCAUGACAAUCCAAUGCCAAAUGUAAAAUAUAAAGCAUCUGUGAAAGUGUCAUCCACAACAUCGUUAAAGGAAAGAGCUCCAAACAUGGAGUUUUGUACGCCUAAACAAUAUAAACUUCGUACAGCUACAAGCAGUACGAAGAUAAAUUUCUUACCUGCAAAUAGAACACCUGUAACCCAUUAUUUUAGUGACAAUAUUUUGUCACAAGCUACUCCUGAUUGUUUUAAUGUUGUUCAAGUAGAAACACCAUGUAGCAAACCAAAUGAAAUUAUUAUUGAAGAUCAUACGGUGUAUGAAGAAGAGAACACCAAUUUGACUGUAGGAAUACGUGUCAGGCCAUUGAGUGCGAAAGAGUUAAGUGAUUCAAAAGUUACGUCAGUUGUACAAGCGAAUGGUCAAGAUAUUAUCAUUACUUGCGAGUCUGUUCAGCAUACUUUUACAUAUGAUCAUUGCUUCGUAUCGCAUAUGGAUGCAUCAGAACCUGAUCAUGCAAGCCAAGAAAUUGUGUUCAAAAGCAUGGUUUUACCAUUGGUGCAGAAUGCUUUUGAAGGCUAUAAUGUCUGCUUGUUUGCUUAUGGACAAACAGGUUCUGGGAAAAGUUACAGCAUGAUGGGCCAAGAAUCAGCUCAAGUUAAUACGACACAAUUUGAUGAGGCAGCUGGUAUUAUCCCAAGAUUUUGCCAAGAAAUAUUUACAAGAGUUUCUACUAACGCGAGCACUAAAACUACAGUAGAGAUUAGUUAUUUUGAGAUUUAUAACGAGAAAAUCCAUGAUCUCUUGACAAAUGUUAACAAUGGAGUAAAAAGAGCUCCACUUAAAGUAAGAGAGCAUCCUGUCUUUGGCCCGUAUAUCGUGGAUUUGAGCCAACACUGCGUACAAAAUUACAAAGAUCUGCAAACUUGGCUGAAAGUAGGUAAUUCGCAACGAGCUACAGCUGCAACUGGGAUGAAUGAAAAAAGUUCAAGAUCUCAUAGUAUAUUUAGCAUCAUUUUAACACAAACUCCAGUGAAUAACCAGCUGGUUAAGGAACUCGUCGAUGACAGUCGUCGGAGUAAAAUUAAUUUAGUAGACUUGGCGGGUAGUGAAAGAUUAAGUCAAACUUGUGCGAGCGGUGAUAGAUUAAAGGAAGGUGUGUCCAUUAAUAAAUCUUUACUUACGUUGGGAAAGGUGAUCGCAUGUCUGGCUGAAAGUACAAAUAAUCGUAAACGAGGCUUCGUACCGUAUCGUGAAUCUGUCCUUACUUGGUUACUGAAGGAAAGUCUCGGAGGCAAUUCAAGAACAGCGAUGCUUGGAACGGUAUCACCGGCUAAUAUACACGUCGAGGAAACUCUCGCAACUCUCCGAUACGCUUGUCAAGCCCGAGCUAUUGUCAAUCGAGUUCGAAUUAAUGAGGAUCCGCACGAGAAGUUAAUUCGGGAGUUAAAAGCAGAAGUGCUACGAUUACGCGGUGUACGAGAAGGAUACGAGAAGCAACUUGGAAUUUGCCCCCGUCGUCUUCUUGAUUCCAUCGGAACGAUCAGUCAAACUAACGAUGAAAUCAAGCAGAAACAACAAGAAAUCGAUAAACUGAAAGAUCAAUUAAAGAGAACUGAAGAGCAACUCGCAAUCACACAAAUGACUUGGGAAAAGAAAUUGCGGGAUACCGAGGAUAAGAAAAAUUCCGAAUUAAAAUACUUGCGUCGUUGCGGUAUCGCUAUCGAGAUCGAUAUUCACGAGAAGGAUAAGCAGCCUUGUCUAAUAAAUCUCGCUGCCGAUCCUAUGUUAUCUGGUACGCUUUUGUAUCUAAUUCCUCCGGGAUUGGUACGCAUCGGAAAAAAUUCUGAUCCUUCAGCCUCUUCUGAGCGUUUGGAUAUCAUGUUGGAUGGACCGCUGGUUAGACCCUUACACUGCACCAUCGAAAAUAGUAAUGGAAGACUUGUAUUAUCGUCCGAGAUGGAAGGAGACACAUUUGUAAAUGGGCAGGUAGUAACGGGCAAAGUGGUUUUAAAGCACGGCGACCGGUUAGUAAUCGGCGGUAAUCAUUAUUUCAAAGUUUCGAACCCAUGCGAUGAACAUAACAAUGUACAAAUUUCGACACAAGCUGUAGACUACGAGUUCGCGCAUCAGGAAAUUCUUAAAGUACAAGAAGCGAAAUUAAGAGCCGAACUAGAAGACAGUAAACAGAAGGCAAUAAAAGAAUUAGAGAAUGCGAAGCGAGAAGUUGAGAUGCAAUUAGGAACACAAAAAAUGUCGUACGAACGUAAAAUUGAAAUCCUCGGUUCUACAGUCGAGGAGCAAAAGCUUGCCCUGGAAGAAAUCAAUCAGAAGAAAAAAGAAUUGGAAUUGGAGAAACAGUUGCUCGAAAAUGAAGUUGAGACGAACAACCGAUUGAAACAGAUACAAUUAGAUCAGAGAAGAGGAAACGUUGCGCCAUAUAAAUCUAAUUUUUUACAAGAGCUGGAGAGCAUUUUAAAUGAAAAGACAGCCGAUGCCGAGUUUGCAUUAAAAAUGAAAGCUAGCUCGGAAGCGAUCACCGAUGGAGGCAUCACCUUGCAUGAAAUGCAAUUAUUAGUAAAAGAAGCUACUGAACGUUGUCGAGAAGUCGGCCUUAAUUAUGAAUUCGACCAGCAGCAGAUGAUUGUAGACAAAAGUUUGAGGCCAGUCAUUCGGAUACGUAAUAGAGAUAACAUGAGUGAAACGUUCUGGCAACCAAUGCGAUUUUUGGAUUGGGUUCAUCGUCUACGAGAUUACGAUAUCGAAGAUUCGAUAAAAGAGUUGUGUACGUCAGAGGCGACUUGGGAGCCUUACGAGAAUACAGAAACAUUCGAGGACUCCUUAAAUAGUAGUCGAAUCUCGAUAAAUAUGACACCAGUAAAAAGACACUUAAAUGAAAGUUUGCAACAACUUUCGCUGGAUGCGACUGUAAUUGAAAAUCAAGCGGUUGACAUGUCUAGAGAUGAAAAAACUAUAAACGGAUGCCUUGCACAAAUGGAACAUGCUGCAAGAACUUUGCAAGCACUGUGUACCAAGAACACUGAAAUGCAAUUAGUUACUGAAUCUCUUAACAAUAUGCAAAGUAUUAUUGAUAGAUUGCGCGAAACUUUGGAAUCGAUAGACGUGAGUAAAUGCAUUAAUGGAAAUGCAAAUCUCGCUCAGAAGUGCAACGAUAGCGUAAAUCAAGGCUGUAACACAGACUUCCCAAUUUCCGGAAGUCAUAAUAUAAAACCUCUUUCGCCAACAAAAUCUACAUUGCGUAAUAAUGUUAAAGGUUUUGAUAGAAAAUGCGUAAGAUUUACAGAUGUAAAUUAGACGAAAAAAGUCAAUCUAGUUAAAGUUAACAUCGUGUAAUUAGACAAUGUCCGCGUUCAGGAUAACUUAUAUAUUAUUAUACGUACAAAGAAAGAAACUUUACGACGUCUAUUAGUAACUAUAGAAUUAACAUAUUGAAUGAAACAAAAAAUGUGUUUAGUUGCGUUUAUGCAUAUAUGUGUUUUUAUUUCAGUUAUUGUUCAUAAGAUUGUUAUGUAGUAUCUCUAUACAUAGAUUUACGCAAAAAUAUUACUAUAUUGACGUCUGUUAAGUUCUUACAACAUCUGUGAAACUACACUAUUAUUUAAACAAAAUUUAAAUAAGCAUUUUUUUAUAAAGUAAUGGAUAAUUUAAUACGAUAUUAAUGAAA